CCACUCUGUCAUCUUAUCCAAUUCAUCAGAUCUAUCUCACGUACAGAGGUCCAAGGACUCCAAGAAACUAGAUUCCAGCACCCUGCUUGGAACCAGAACUGUGCCAGUACUUUGGUGACCACCUCUAUGGACUCUGAGCUUUGCAGGCACCAAUCUUUCAACAUGAAUAAAAAUACUGAGCACCAGAUGAUUAAGACUACCUAUCCGAGAGAGAACCAGUACCCAACUAGAGAUAUGGAGAUUCUGAUUCAUGUCAAGGAUGAUAUCAUUACGUUUGUGGAAAAGGUGAAAGAAAAAGUCAACAAGGAAAAAGAGUCAAAGGUAUGGCUCCCAGCCCCCCAGUACAUAGACUACUUCCAGAAGAUCAAGUAUGCCUUCAACCUCUUGGGGAAGAUAAGCAGCUGCCUGGAAGAGUCAAUUGUCAGAGAAUUAGUCUUCAACCUCUUUCAGUCUCUGGAAUUCGUCAUUUAUUAUUGCCCUAACUACAAAACACUACCAAGACUGGUAAACUGUCCCCUGCUGACAGACAAGGCCAUAAAACUGCUGAACACAAACCUGAAAGAAAACCACAUUAAUUAUUGGAAGAAACUUGGAACUGCUUGGACCGUAACACGGGAUUCUUGGCCAGAAUACGAACCUGUACCUCCAGCCUAUACACCCACUUUUUAUGAUGGCUGGCAGCUCCCCGAAAUCACCCAUUUUGAGCCAGUCAAGACGGAUGCUAAGGACCAAGUGGAGCAGCGGAUUGGAGGGCCUCAGUCAUCCCGCUCCCUUUUCCCACGUCUGUACAUCCAUUCUUCUCCUCUGGAAUCUACCCGCUGUGUUGUGGACUUUACCCGUGAGAAGAAAGGAGAGAAGGUUACAAAACCCCUAGAAUUUCAGAGUCAGAAAAGACCUCAGGGGCUGUGUAAUCCAGCCUAUGCCUAAAGAAGAAUGCCUUCUACAACGUGCCCCACCCUCUGGUCCUCUGGCCGGCAUGAUGGGGGGCCUACUGCCUCUCAAGGCAGCUUCCUCUGCUUUUUGUGAGAAAGCUCUUCCUGACAUCAGCCUAAAUCUGCUUCUUUGCACCUGAGACUCCUUGCUCCUCGACCUGCUCUCUAGGGCCCAACCACACCUUCCUUUCCUGUGUACACAGUCCCAUCCCCUUUGACUCAUCACUACAUGACAUCAAAUUGAGCACCUUCAUCAUUCUGGUUAAGGCAAGAAGUGACAGUCUUCAUUCCUGCCUCUUACUAAAGCCCAGAGCCAUUCCUCAAUCCUACAUAUUUAUGUUUUCUUCUCAUCUGUGCCCAGCCCCCAAAUCCUGAGCCUUUGUCCUGCUUCUUCCCUGACUCCACUUAUCCCA